AUGGCUGUACGCAGAGAAUCCGUGCGUGUGAGGGGAAUCUGUUGGAUAAGACAGCAGCGAAGAGGGGAAAAGGUUGAAUACAAGAGCAAAGAUCCAUCAUUCAGGGCUAGAACACAGAAGAAGCCAAGUGAUCCUCCCGAGAGACCUGAUCCAUUGCCCGAACUUUCAUCAAGACAUAAUCUUGUUUCAGUCAAAGAUGAUGAUUACUCCAGUAAGAGUCCUUCAUCCGUAGCUCCAAUACUACGCACAGAUGAAGUUGAGAACAAAUGCAUUGACCAGGAAUGUGAAGGGUUGAAGGAAAAGAUGGUGCAGUUAGGGGAAGAAACUGAGCUUGAAGAAAGUUUUUUGCCUUCUGUUUCUAAAGGGGAUGUUGAAAAUGGUGAUAUGCCAAGCCAACCCGUAAGGGAAAGAAUCAUCAAAUACACAUUUCAAAGGAAGCGCAAGAGAGGAGCCAUGAACGAAUCUGAAAUGAAGGUGUCACUGUCACCUGAGGUAGAAAAGAGAAAUGAAGUUGAUAAAAGCACUCGUAAGAAUCAGCAGUCAUCCAAGGCUAGCUUGUUGUCAGAGUCAUCCCGAGACAGUAGGCGAUUGGCGCAAGUUGCUCGUCAGCUUAUAUCCUUGUCUGAGAAGAAGUGGUGGCAUUGACAGGGCGUUUCGUGUGAUCGGUGUGUUUUGGAAGAGAGAUGAUGACAAUCACUUGUAAUCUUACAGUAGUAAGUUGCAUUUUCAGAGUGACAUGAAAUAUAUAAUCUGGUUUCCCAA